UUUUCCAUCUCCGUUUCUCUUCUUCUUUGGCAUCGCCUUUUUCUCCUCUCUCUCUCUCUCUCUCUCUCUCGGUGGUUCGCUUUUCAUCCAUUGGAGAAACGGCUCACGCGUUGGGAGCAUUGGAAGGAUCCCUAAAGGCGGAAAUCUCUCGCUGUUUGGUCUCGGAUUCUUGUAUAUAUUUGGGGCUGGAUUUGAUUUGAGGAACUCGCUGCCCGGGCUUUUUUUUUUUGGGUGAUUUUGGUGGGGAUCUUGGAAUGGGUUAUCAGGGUGCGGACAACUGACAUUUAUGAACUUCCCGAUAAAUGUUGAGCAUCAUCUCACCACAAGACUUAGCCUUUCUAUCUGAUUAUAAAGCCGAACUAUCAUGGCAAAGCUUGGAGUUGCUGGUCGCAGUGUAUUUUUGAGAAAACCCAAUGAGAGUAUGCGACUUAUCACAACAACAGUAAUUGGAAUUGUAUUUGGUUUCUUCAUUGGCAUUUCCUUUCCUACUGCUAACAUCACAAGGCUGCACUUCCCUUCAAGCAUAUUAUCAUACAUUGAAGACAAGAACUCAGGCAUUAAAACACAAGCCUACCUGAACCAUGCAUGGUCUUCUGCAAAUAGUCAUAGUAAAAAUGAUUCAAAUUUAGAAUCUAAUGAUAUUUUAAAGAUAUAUGUUCCUUCAAAUCCUCGAGGUGCAGAACGACUACCACCAGAUAUAGUUGUUUCAGAAUCAGAUUUUUACCUUCGCAGAUUGUGGGGCGUUCCUAGUGAGGACUUGGUUAUCAAGCAGAAAUAUCUUGUGACAUUUACGGUUGGAUAUGGCCAAAAAGAAAAUAUAAAUGCAGCAGUGAAAAAGUUCUCUGAAAAUUUUACAAUCCUUCUAUUUCAUUAUGAUGGUCGGGCUAGUGAGUGGGAUGAGUUUGAGUGGUCAAAACGUGCUAUUCAUAUCAGUGUCAGGAAGCAGGCGAAAUGGUGGUAUGCAAAGCGAUUUUUGCACCCUGACAUUGUGGCUGCAUAUGAAUACAUCUUUAUUUGGGAUGAAGACUUAGGAGUUGAACAUUUUAAUGCAGAGGAGUAUGUUAAGCUUGUGAAGAAGCAUGGUUUGGAGAUUUCACAGCCUGGUUUAGAGCCAAACAAAGGCUUAACAUGGCAAAUGACAAAAAGAAGAGGUGAUCGUGAAGUCCACAAAGAAACAGAAGAAAAACCUGGCUGGUGCACAGAUCCUCAUUUGCCACCAUGUGCUGCUUUCGUAGAGAUAAUGGCACCUGUAUUUUCUCGAGAUGCAUGGCGCUGUGUCUGGCAUAUGAUUCAGAAUGACUUGGUUCAUGGCUGGGGCCUUGAUUUUGCUCUUAGAAAAUGUGUAGAGCCGGCACAUGAGAAGAUCGGAGUUGUGGAUUCUCAAUGGAUCGUUCAUCAAGUUGUUCCUUCCCUUGGAAAUCAGGGCCAGGCAGAAAAGGGCAAAGCACCAUGGGAAGGGGUGAGGGAGCGGUGUCGAAAAGAAUGGGGCAUGUUCCAAACCCGACUAGCCGACGCAGAGAACGCAUAUUACAAGGAAAAGGGGAUCACACCUCCGAAUUCAACAAAAGUUUAGGAAUUUUUUUCUUCUUUUAUGCCAUCAUGGUUAGUAGAUUCUGUAGUUCCAUAAUACAUAAUGUAGCUUUAUGUAGAAGUUCCUUCAUCGUCAUCAUCGUUAUCGAUUAGUGAUGACUUUGUUUCUAGAGAACUCUGUGGACUUUAAUUGAGCUUCCAUAUUAGGUUGACCCCAGAAAGCUCAUAGUUUUUCCUCUUUUUGUAUACCAAUUUGAACAGAGCCUUUGUGGAACUCUGAAACUGAGACCAUUUUAGUUUAUGAAGGAGAAGCAGGGCUGUUGUUGUUCA